UGCUUUAUUGUGUUUACUAGGCUGCUGGUGUUCGUAUAGGAAUUAUGAUUCAGUCAGUAACCAACAUGGGUACUGGCAUCAUCAUAGCAUUUGUAUUUGGUUGGCAGAUGACCCUUAUUGUCUUAGCAUGUGUACCCUUCAUGGCAGUGGGGUCUGCUCUGCAGUUGAAUAUUCUUAAGGGAUUCACACACAAGGAUAAAGAAGCCUUGGAAGAGGCUGGAAAGAUUGCAUCUGAAGCCAUUGAGAAUAUCAGAACUGUUGUGUCAUUGAACAGAGAGAAGACUUUUAAUAAACUAUAUCAUGAUUCUUUAUAUCCACCAUAUAAAGCUGGUCUAAAAAAAGCUCAUGUCUAUGGAUUAAGUUUUGGUUUCUCACAGUGUAUGAUUUAUUUUGUGCACGCUGCAGCCUUUCGCUUUGGUGCCUGGAUGAUUGAAUUAGGAGAAAUGGAUUUUGAAGAUGUAUUUCUGGUUUUCUCUGCUAUUGCAUUUGGUGCCAUGGCAUUGGGUCAAGCCAGUGCGUUCGCACCUGAUGCAACCAAAGCUAAAUUUGCUGCUAAUAACAUAUUCUAUCUUUUGGACAAGGAAUCUGAAAUAGACAGUUCUAGCACAGAGGGACUCAAACCAGAAGUAUGUAACUCUGAAGUUGAAUUCCAGGCGGUUAAGUUCCGUUAUCCAACAAGACCAGAUGUACCAGUAUUAAGAGGAUUAGACAUGAAAGUAAAUCCUGACAACGUGUUGCACUGGUUGGUAGCAGUGGCUGUGGGAUAUGAGACAGGUGUAGGGGAUAAAGGAACUCAGUUAUCAGGUGGACAGAAGCAAAGAGUUGCCAUUGCCAGAGCUUUAGUCAGAAAUCCUAAGAUACUUCUACUGGAUGAAGCAACAUCAGCAUUAGAUACAGAAAGUGAAUCGGUAGUACAAGAAGCACUUGACAAAGCCAGCGUAGGUCGUACAUGUUUGGUCAUUGCCCAUCGUUUAUCAACUAUCCAAGAUGCUGACAAGAUUGUUGUUAUACAACAUGGUAAAGUAAUAGAAGAAGGCAAACACAAUGAUCUCUUGAACAAAGAGGGCGUUUAUUUCAGGUUAAACAACACACAAGUUAUGAACUGA